CUCCGCCUGUCUCUACAGUGCCCAGAUCCUUCCAGACAUGUGUCAGGAGUUUCCCUCUCAGCGCGCUUCUUCUGCCAGCACACUCACUCCCACAGCUCUGUUCUCAUAAAUCACAGCCAGACUGGACUCCGGCUCAGCUGCCUUCUGACCGCUGUGAGCCUGGACAGGGCAUCUCUGGUGGCUGUGCCUGUCCCGCUCAAAGCUCACCCAACUCUCCCUACAUCCCACAACUUCUCACUUUCCGGGGGCAGAGACCUGCCUGCCCUCCCCAUCUUUUUACUCCUGCAUUGAAUUAUCCUAGCUAUUUCGCUCAGCCCCCAGCCUCUCUCUUACGUCAAUGCCUUCGUAUCUGAGCUCAGACCACACCAUCUCCCCCCUUCUGGGCAACUUCCUCCUUGCCAGUGGUCUGUGCCCACUCUAAUUACAGCGCAGGCGUUGUUCGAGCAUAUAAAUCUGCUCCUGUCACUCGCAGGAGCGCUGUGCCUGAGAAGGAGACUGCCCAGGGGCCUGGACCCGCUGGGGUGGACGCCCCUCUGCAGCAUCCACUUGCGGUGGUCGGGGGCGGGGCUGGCCAAGCCCCCUCCCCUUCUGCUCACUGCGGAGAGCUGCGGGCGGCAGAAGCAGCUCACUUCCUAUUCAGCAUUCAGCAGGGAGGGAGCUCGGCCACGUAGGCAUUCUCUGCUCUCUGGAGGAAACGGCCCAGCAGCUGUCGGAGGACAAGACCCACCAGCUGUCAGCCAAAGGACAUGUCGCAGUUAAGUAAGAACCUGGGUGACUCCAGCCCUCCCGCAGAGGCUCCCAGGCUGCCUGUCUAUAGCCGCCCCACGGUUCUGAUGCGCGCCCCGCCUGCUUCCUCCCGGGCUCCUCCGGUCCCUUGGGAUCCUCCUCCAAUGGACUUGCAGGCAGCGUCUCUGCCUGCUUGGCAGGCACCCCAGCCUGCCUGGGAGGCUCCGCAGGGCCAGCUGCCAGCCCCAGUGGCUCCGCUGGCCCAGCCUCCUGGCCUUGGGGGCCCGCUGGUCCAGGCUCCCCCGCUGGGGGGCCCGAUGGGCAAGCCUCCGACUCCUGGAGUCCUGAUGGUCCAUCAUCCACCUCCUCCAGGAGCUCCGAUGCCCCAGCCUCCCACCCCGGGAGUCCUGAUGGUGCAUCCUUCUGGAGCCCCUAUAGCCCACCCUCCUCCUCCUGGGACCCCAUUAGCCCGCCCUCCUCCUCCUGGGACCCCAAUGGCUCAUCCUCCCCCUCCUGGGACCCCAAUGGGCCAUCCUCCUCCUCCGGGGACCCCAAUGGCCCACCCCCCCCCACUGGGGACCCCAAUGGUCCAUCCUCCCCCACCGGGGACCCCGAUGGCACAUCCUCCACCACCGGGGACCCCGAUGGCACAUCCUCCACCGCCGGGGACACCGAUGGCACAGCCUCCAGCUCCAGGAGUCCUGAUGGCCCAGCCGCUGACUCCAGGAGUCCUGAUGGUCCAGCCACCUGCUCCAGGAGCUCCGAUGCCUCAGCCUCUACCUCCAGCUGCCUUGAUGACCCAGCCUCCACCUUCUGCAGCCUCGAUGGCAAAGCCUCCAGGUCCCAGUGUCCUGAUGAUGCAUCCUUCUGCUUCAGGAGCUCCAAUCACCCAGCCUCCAGUCUCAGGAGCACCAAUGGGUCAACCAAUGGCACCCCCUGCUCAGCCUAUGGCAUCCUGGGGACCCCAGGGUCAACCUGUGAUCCUGCAAAUCCAGUCCCAGGUCAUAAGGGCACCUCCACAGGUUCCCCAGGGGCCACAGACCCCCCAGGUGCAGCUGGCCACAACCCCAGGCUGGCAAGCCACCUCACCUGGAUGGCAGGCCCCACCUCAAGGCUGGCAGGCCACACCCUUGACCUGGCAGACCACACAGGUCACCUGGCAGGCACCACCACCUAUGCGCCAGGGGCCCCCACCCAUCCGCCGGGGCCCACCACCCAUCCGUCCUGGUCCCCCUCCAGUGGCACGCCAAGUCCCAUCUGUGACCCGCCAGGCACCACCUGUGAUCCGCCAGGUACCACCUGUGAUCCGUCAGGCACCGCCUCUGAUCCGCCAGGCACCUCCACCCAUCCGGUCAGGCCCACAGAUCCUGGCUACCCAGCCACAGCUCUGGCAAGCCCUGCCACCCCCACCUCCACUGCGGCAGGCCCCGCAGGCUAGGCUGCUGGCCCCGCAGGUGCAGGGGGCGCCGCAGGUGCCUACGGGACCUAUAGUUACGCAGGUACCUGCAGCGCCACCCGCUGGCCCGCAGGUGCCCCAGCCAGUGCUGCAGGCCCCGCUGUCUGUCCCACUGCCUGGUCCACUACCUGGCCCACAGGCUGCUCCAUCGGCUGUACCACGGGUUCCCCAGCAGGCUGUGCACUGCCCAUCCAUCAUCUGGCAGGCCCCCAAAGGCCAAGCCCUGGUGCCACAUGAGCGGCCGACGUCGAUGGAGUUUCAGGAGGUACAGCAGGCCCAGGCACUGGCCUGGCAGGCACCAAAGGCACCCACUCACUUCUGGCAGCCCCUGCCUGCGCAGGAGGCCCAGGGGCAGCCCCCCCGGAUCUUCCAGCUGGAGCAGCAGCCCUUUCGGGGGGCUUUGGCCUCCCAAAAAGGCCCGCAAACUCAGCUAUCCCCCCACCAGGCCCAGCCCAUGGGCCCGCAGACAGAAAUGCCCACGAUGCAACUCCAGCCUUCUUGGCAAGGGCCACCCCCCAUGUUGCAGACCCAGCCAGGAGCACCAGUAGUUGGGGCAAAUUUUCCCAGGGGCCAGCCUAAAUCACUCAUGACUCCAUCAGGAGAAUGCAGGGCCUCCUCUUCAGAACCUAAGGGUUCUUCUAGAGAACGCAGGACCUCUACAAAGGAAAAAAAGGGCCCUUCAAAAGACCGUAUGAUCUUUGCAGGCACCUUUUACAGUCCAAGGGCAGUGUCAGUUUCCAGGGCACACCUGCCAAAUGCCUGGAAAAAUUUGCGUGCCACAUCAGACACCUUUUCUGCCACCUCAAGGGUGUUUCCAUCUACCUCCCACUUUCAGCCUGCUUCUUCUAAUGCCUUUACAGGGCCAUCUGCCACCUCAGAGAGCCCAAAGUCACUGCCAUUUGCGCUGCAGGAUCCAUAUGCCUGCGUAGAUGCCCUGCCUGCAGUUCCGUGGGUUCCACACCCUAAUGGGAAUGUCUCAAAGGCAUCCAAGGCUGAACCCAAGAUCCUGAUGGCUACAGCACCUUCUCCCCAGGCAACUGCCACCGUUCCCGAGACCUCCAACACUGUCGAACCACCACGUCGCUCGGGCAAAGUCACCCGGAAGAAGAAGCACCUGGAGCCUGAGGAAGACAAGAGGGGCCAUAGAAUGACCUCACAAAACUGGCAGGGCUCACAGCUCUGGGGAAAUUCCAGUCUGAGUGACUGGGAGAUCCAAAGUUCUCUCCAGGUUCUGGGUGACUGGGGUUGCCCGAGCACUUCUUUUGGGACGAAUGGCUGGGAGAGUUCUAGUAUGUCCAGGGUCCUGAGUGGCUGGGAAGGGCCCAGCACAUCUUGGGCACAGGAUCCCUGGGAGGGCCCGAGCACCUCAAGGGGCCUGGGUCACUGUGAAGGCUCAGGUAACCCUCAGCCCUUCAUGGCCUCUGAUGUCCCAUGCCUCUCUCACAGAUUGAGGGCCACCCAGGAGAAUCUCAGAGGGGAGACUCAGCAGUUGUCUGCCUUAGAUGAGAGAGCAAAUGCACUUGUGCAAUUUCUCUUGGUCAGGAACCAAACUAAGGUGCCGAUCCAGGACUCAGAGACGGUGAAUGUCAUCACCCGAGAGUAUGAAGAUCAGUGCUUAGACAUCAUCAGCCAUGCCAACAGAAAGCUAACGUGUAAUUUUGGUUGUCAGUUGAACGAAAUUGACACCAGAACUCGCUCUUACAUUAUCAUCAACAAGCUGGGGCACCCUCAGUGUGAUUUGUUGGCAUCCUUUAUAGACAGGCCCAAAUUUGGCCUCCUGAUGGUGGUUUUGAGUCUGAUCUUUAUGAAAGGCAAUUGUGUCAGGGAGAAUCUGAUCUUCAAUCUUCUGUUCAGGUUAGGGUUGGAUGUCCGGGAGACAAAUGCUCUCUUUGGAAACACGAAGAAGCUCAUCACUGAAGUGUUUGUGAGGCACAAGUACCUAGAGUACAGGCGAAUCCCUUGCACCGAGCCUGCAGAAUAUGAGUUUCUCUGGGGGCCCCGAGCAUUCCUGGAAACCAGCAAGAUGCUGGUCCUGAGGUUUUUGGCUAAGCUCCACAAAAGAGAUCCUCAGUGUUGGCCAUUCCAUUACCUUGAGGCGCUGGCAGAGUUUGAGUCUGAAGACUCAGAUGAGGAUGAGCCUGAUGUCAGUGAUGAUUCUGAUGACCCCACCAGCAGUGCCCCUCCCCACUAAUAGGUGUUACAGAAAUCCUGUUCCUUUGGGUCCCUGGCCAGAGGCCACCAACAGGGUGUGGGGGAUGUCUUGUUUCUGGUGUUUUUGUUCCAGUUUUGUAUAAGUGGAUAUUUGAAUUUCAAAUCUGGUUUUAUAUCUGCCAAAGCUUUGUAUAUUUUCAUGUGGUAUUGAUUUCACCUGGCUACUGUUCUCUUGGCAUUCUGGCACCUGUACCUUUAAGUGAGAUCUGUGAUUCUAUGCUUUGUGUUCUGAUUGUUAUGUUCUGGUAUCAGAAUUGUGCUGGCUUUGUGACUCGAUCUACAAGCUAACCCUGUCAUUCUGGUACAGUUUAUGUAAAAUUCUAAUAAGUUGUUCUUUGGUUGUUUAAACAACUCAUGAGUACAAAGUGUCUGAAUAAGAGUAAAGAUCUAUAUCUAUAUAUCUCUAUAUAAAUAUAAAUAUACUUUCGGCAUAA